CUAUAUAGCGUUUAAAACUCUUUAUCCCAACUUAUAAAUACCGAUAUAAUUUAUAUGCGCUUAGAACUAAAUUGAAUUUUUCUCUUGAAUUUCAGAUAAAUUUCCAAAAACAUGGCGACAAGUCCAAAACCCGUCAAGAAGGUGCCCAUCCACCUUCAGAGCUCCCAGAACCGCGUCUAUAUCAAGAAUGGACACAUCGUCAACCACGAUAAGUCAUUUAAGGCCGAUAUUUACAUUGAGGAUGGCAUAAUUAAAUUUGUGGGACCCGCAUCUGAUAUCGUUGUGCCCGGUGGCGUACGUAUUGUGGAUGCCGCAAACAAAUUGGUGCUGCCCGGUGGCAUUGAUCCACACACUCACAUGCAGCUGAAAUUCGGUGGUUGCGUCACUGUAGACGAUUUCUAUCAUGGUACCAAAGCGGCCGUAGCUGGCGGCACCACCACUAUCAUCGAUUUCGUGCUGCCUGACAAGGGUGAAUCGCUCGUUGAAGCCUACGACAAAUGGCGUGCUUGGGCUGAUCCCAAGGUCUGCUGUGAUUAUGCGCUCCAUAUGGGCAUCACUUGGUGGUCGAAAUCUGUGUCCGAGGAAAUGAAAAUCAUGUGCGAAGAGCUGGGCGUCAAUUCUUUCAAAAUGUACAUGGCCUACAAGGGUCUGUAUCAGUUAAAUGAUUCGGAGCUUUUGGAGGCUUUCGAGCGCAUACGAGCGUUAAAUGGUGUUGCACAGGUGCAUGCUGAGAACGGCGAUAUUAUUGCUAAGAAUGAGAAGAUAUUACUGGCCGCUGGCGUUACUGGUCCAGAGGGUCACGAGCUCUCGCGGCAGGAAGAAGUAGAGGCUGAGGCAGUCAACCGAGCCUGUAUACUGGCACAUCAGGUCGAUUGUCCGUUAUACGUAGUGCAUGUAAUGAGUAAAUCGGCGGGCAUUGAGGUGGCGCGUGCGCGCAGACGCUACAAAAAUACCGUUAUCUAUGGCGAAACCUUGGCUGCGGCGCUUGGCACCGAUGGCACAAACUACUGGCACGAGUGUUUCCAACAUGCAGCGGGUCACGUGCUAAGUCCACCACUACGUCCCGAUCCAACGACGCCCGCCUUUAUGAUGAACCUAUUGGCGAACGAUGAUCUGCAGAUAACCGGGAGCGACAAUUGCACCUUCAACAAGGAGCACAAGGAGUUAGGCAAAGGCAACUUUACCAAGAUACCGAACGGUGUCAACGGCGUCGAGGACCGCAUGUCUGUUGUUUGGGAGAAAGGUGUGCAUGCUGGUCUAUUGGAUCCCUGCCGCUUCGUUGCCGUCACCAGCACCAAUGCCGCCAAAAUAUUCAAUCUUUAUCCACAAAAGGGACGCAUCGCCGUGGGUUCGGAUGCUGACAUUGUUAUUUGGAAUCCAAAUGCUACGCGCACCAUUUCCAAGGAGACGCAUCAUCAUGCAUGCGAUUUCAACAUUUUCGAGGGCAUGGUAUGCCACGGUGUGCCCGAAAUGGUGUUGGUGCGCGGACGAAUUUGCGUCGAAGACGGUAGCGUACGCGUUGCCGAAGGUUAUGGGCGUUUCGUUAAUACACCAACACGUCCGCCAUAUGUCUACGAUGUGUUGGAGGGUAAGAUUGCAGCCAACGAAGAGCACAAUGGUGAAGAACAUGAAGAGCAACUGAAUAACGGUUUGAAGAAAUUGGAUUUGGGUGCUUUGGAAAUCGAAAUACCGUAUCAGGAACCCAUCUCACGCAUGUUGCUCUCCAUGCCGGGUGCUGGCGGUUCGGUAGCCAGUACACCAUCGGGCCGUGGACGCGUCGAAGGUACACGUAACAUGCAAGAAUCAACGUUUUCCGUUAGCGGUAAGCAAUCAGGCUUAGUUAAUUCAAAUGAGGAGCUGGAUAAAUCUGGCAAUCGCUCGUGCAUUCGUGUCAGAAAUCCACCAGGUGGCAAGUCUUCGGGUUUCUGGUAAAUCAAUGCAACCAUGCGCAGUAAUCACACACCGGCACUAAAUCGCACAAUUCGAUACAUACAUACAUACAGACAUACUUACAUACAUAGUUAAGUAACCGUAAGAGAUUUGCGAAAUGGCUAAAUACCUACAUACAUACUUAUAUACAGAUAAGUAUAUAUUGUGUUUGUAUGUAAGCAGAAUGUGGUUUAUUGCGACAACAUGACACACACACAUACUUACACAUAUAAAAACCGCAAAAGACGUGUUCCCAAAAUUACAUGAAUCAAAAGUGUGAAUCGAGAAGCUACCAAACCAAAUCUACCAAAUCUUUGUACUACGCAUAAAACAUGAACGAAUAGCAAAUGAAGUCUAUAAAUAUCUAAAUUUAAUUAUACAACAGUUAAAUUCAUAUAAUCAUGCAUACAUAGUACAUAUGCAAAUGUAAAUGUAUGCGCUAUGUAUGUGGACUUGUACAAGUAAAUAUGUAACCACAUCAGCGUAAACUAAAUAGUGAAUAUUAUUAAAUAUAAUUGUAAUAUCUGCUUAUUGUGCAAUCAUAUUUUAUGUGUUAGCUUAAAGGGGCCAUCCAUAAAUUACGUCACACCUUGAAGGGGGGGGAGGGUAUCAUUCAGAAGUGACAUUGUGUGACAAGGGGCAGGGGGGGUCAAAAGCUUUGUGACAUCACAUUUCAAAAUUUGUGAUGUACAAACGUGAAAUUUAUAGGUAAACAAAAAAUAUUAAACAUUUAUAAACACACUCUUUGUUUUUAAUACUUAAGUUGUAACGAAGCUUUUUACUGCCCCUGCUUCUUACAAGUAUAACUUGCUGAGGUAUACUCGUCGUGUCCAGGGUUCGUUACAAUAAAUUUGUAAACAUUGGGGCUCUUCUGCGAAUCGUACUUUAUUUUAUUUUAUAUUAUAAUCUUAAUCAAAGUUACAAAAUUGUCUCCCGCGUUAUAGUUUCAGCUUUACAACAUUUUAAAUAUUUUCAUUUAGAUGCAAUUUAUAUAGCUACAAAUGCCCCACGCAUGGUACCUCUCAGUCGCGAACUUACUGGUGUACUAUUGAUGAUUUUGGGUUACAUCUUGAUUCAAGUAAUCGAACUACUGACUUAGAUCUAGAAAAACGAAGCUUCGAAAGUGCGGGCAAUGUGUCUGCUGACCUUUGGGGCAAGUUAGUCAUUGAUAAUUUUCCAGUCGUUGUUGAAUGUGUUGCACAAACUGUUACUGGACGAGAUAUUGAACGGGCUAUGAUGUUGAAAAAUAAUGCUACUUGGUAAGCUAAUGUGGGUGUAUGAAUUAGCCCCCACUGAAUUAACCCCCACCGGGCAAAAUGACUUAAGCCCCACCAAUUUUACAACAAAAUUAAAAAUGGCGGAAAGUGGGGCUAAAGUCAUUUUCGUGGGGAUUAAUUCUUUUUUUUUUAGUGGGGAUUCUGUCAUGUAAGAACCCCCACGUUUGGUGGGGCUUAAUUCAUUUCGAUUGGUGGGGAUAAAAACAUUUUCGUGGGGUUUAAUUCAUUUUUUUUUCGUGGGGAUUCUGUCAUGUAAGAACACCCACGUUUGGUGGGGCUUAAUUUAUUUUGAUUGGUGGGGAUAAAAGCAUUUUCGUGGGGCUUAAUUCAUUUUAAUUCCGUGAUCUUUUAUAAAAAUAAAUCAAACAGUUAGCAACGUAAUACUUUUCACAGAAGAAUUAUGAACACCGGGGUUUUGGACCGACCAGGGAUAUUUUUUUUCGAGCGCUCGAUUGAUGUUGUUUAGUUAAUCAAUAACAGAAAUUGGUUUUUAUGUUAUUUUUAUAAAAAUAUGAAAAACUUCACAAUCACUUCACUUUAACAAAAAUGGCAAGGUUAUGUUCGAAAUUAUGGCACAGCUGUUGUAAAUUCGAAUGGCCACUAUUGAUUCAUGCACUGAUCGUUUUCGAAUUAUCGAUAUUCACAAUAUACGAGUCUGAACGAGAAUUGGUAAAAAUGAGAAAUACAUAAUAGGAAAAUUUAUAAUUAAUUAUUAUAGCAGAAAGAAGAAGAAUUUGGACACAGAAGAAUUAUGAACACCGGGGUUUUGGACCGACCAGGGAUAUUUUUUUUCGAGCUCUCGAAAAAAAAAACCCCGGUGUUCAUAAUUCUUCUGUGAAAAGUAUUAAAAUCACUAAUAGUGCACAUUUCGUAAAAGGAGAAACCAUAAUUUUGUAAAUUAUAAAAUAAUAGAAGGGAAUUUUUCCUUUUACGAAAGGUUAAAAUCACAGUGUACAUUUCGUAAAAGGAGAAACCAUAAGAGAGUGUGGCAAACAAUUUUAAUAAAUUUAAAUGCCCUUUUUGUCGUCAAGAUGUUGACGAAUAUUUACAUAUUUUUAUUUAAUUAUUUUCUUUUUCUCACAUUUUCAUAUUUUCAUUUAAUUCUUUACCUUUUUUUUAAAUAUUACAUACGUAUGUAUAAUUGAAUUUUUGUUAAAAUUUUGAUUUAAAAACUUGACGUUUAAAGCAAGCAAAAUAAAUUAAAAAUGAAGUAAAGUGGGGCUAAAGUCAUUUUCGUGGGGAUUAAUUCCUUUUUUUUUCGUGGGGAUUCCGUCAUUUUUGGUGGGGAAAGAUUCACUAAGAAAUUGGUGGGGCUUAAGUAAUUUUGCCCGGUGGGGGUUAAUUCAGUGGGGGCUAAUUCAUACACCCAGCUAAUGUACGUGAGUCACAAUAUUUUUUAGAAAGAGUUAAAUGUGAAACUAUUGCAUGCUGCGGUAUAAGACGUUGUAGUCGUUGGAAAUUAUUAAAAGAAGGAUUUUUACCACCACCUGUGUUAAUUAAACAGACAUCAGAAGGUUAUGGAGUCACAGGGAGUGAUGACAACGCUAAGUUUGCUCCAUUAUUACUACAGAUAUUAUUAAAUCUCCAAGCAUCAUCCCAUCUGAAACAAGUUCCAUAUGAUAGUUAUUGCCCUAGUGUCGAGUCAUACUUAUUUAAAAGAUCGUGUAGGAUAUGUGGCCUAUAUUUUUCUUCAUAUUAAGCCACCAAUCAACACAAACAAUCACAUGUCCUCCGAAUUCAGAACGAAAAUGAAGUGCCUGAUUUGCCAGCAAUAAAUGAUAUAAAGGAGUGGGUCAAAAUUCCAUGGACACAACAUGAUUAAGUUUUGUAUUUUUAAUUAGCAUAAUUAAGUAUCUAUUAUUUCUUGACUAGUCAUUCGUUGUGUCUGUACUUUAAUAUUUAACGAAAUGUUGAUUUUAUUAAAGAUUAUUCAAUAAAUAUAAGAAUAAAUAGAAUAACUUUUUUUUUGAUAAAUCCAUAAAAUUGGAAAAUGUGUGACGUCACGAAAGGGGGGGGCUAGAUCAAAAUGUGACAACUUGUGACAAGGAGGGGGGAGGGGUUAAAAAGUCCUUAAAUUCGUGUGACGUAAUUUAUGGAUGGGCCCAAAUUUAUAAUUAUUGUUUUUGUUUUUUUUUUCAACUAUACUAUAUUUAUAUAUUUGAUUUUGUACCUCUAACAUACAAACAUAUAUAAAUUGUGAUUAAACACAAAAGUGAAUUUAAAAUUAAUUUUGCCUUUACACGCCUUUCUUCAUUAAACGCACGAACCAACACCACCCGUAUCCUCCCCCUCGUGAGUAGCAGAGACGGGUCUUGGUGGCGCGUAUCCCCCACAUGUUUUCCAAAGUGACUUAUAAACAUAAAUAUGUAGAUGCACUUUUCUCCUUCCGUUGGACACAUUUACAUGCAAAUAUACUUACAAAAUGAGGAAGCGAUUAUUUGUAGAUCGUUCACUUGAAUGAUUAGCGUAAAUUUGUAAGACGAUUUCUACCUAAUUUUUAUUCAUAUUGAAAUAAUUAUAAUAUAAAAUACAAAUUAACAUUUAAUAAAACAUCAACGUUGUAUGCUAAAA